AUUUCAUUCCAUUUCCCAUGUACUUUUUACUUUCUGGCAAACUCAUUUUUUACACAUUCCCCCCGGAAAAAUCGAAAAAAGUAAUACGGCAUUCGGCGGAACGCUUGCAACUUACCGGCAAGGGAAUAGAAAAUCAACUGAAACCGUGUCCAUCCAGCCAACCGUACAUUCUACACAAAAACUUAAAGGCACCUCGUCUCGAAGGGAUUUCGAAUUCACAGGAUGCUCAGCACGUUCAGGAUGCGAUCUGUUCUGCAGACUCAGAAGCUAUUGCGAUCUAUGUGCCAUGAUUCGCAGCGCAUUAGGACGCAGUUUCUGGUCCAAAAUGGGGAGUCCCCUUCCAAUGCCGAGCAAGUUGAACAGGAUAGGGAGGAGCCGCCCGCGGCGGAGCCACGUCCCCGCACUCCGCUGCACAAUCCACUAAGUCGACGCCACACUGUAAACAGCUCGCGACUGCAGUACAUUAAUGACAAAUACAAGGAACUGGCCAACGAGGUGGAGUUGCGCAAACCGAAGGCCAAGCCGUUCGUGUCCCGCCACGCCCUCCAUUCGGGGCGUUUUGACAAGUAGGAUCCCAGUCUCCAGACCUCGCAGCGCCCAACGAUCGAAAAUGAUUCUGAAGUUGCAUUCUUUUCGGGUUGAAACAAAAGAAAGGAGGAUACUCCUUCGUCAAAUGUUCAAAAAAACGCUUCUCCUUCCUGUUAAAUCUCAAAUUAAGUCGCUAAUAAAUGGGUUAGCCAA